UUAUACCCCGCCCAUCUGGCUGGGUUUCCCCAGCCACUCUGGGCGGCUCCCAGCAGGUAAUUUUGCCUACCUUGCCAUUUCAGCCUGAUCUCCCUUCAGCAGCUGAGGAGACCGCCCCUAGAUUGCCUGCAUUAAUUGAAAUUCCUGCUCUUAGGUUUCCCUGAACCGCAACCCAGUUAAGCUGAAGCACUAGCCUGUAGACAAAGAGGGAAGCAGAGUAUGAUCUCAGGAGGAAUUGCAACCUGCAUACCUGAGUCAGGUCCAACAACAGUGACCUCACCCAAUAAAGAGUCUGGGACCCAGCCCAAAAAAGGUAUAACCAAACAAACUGGGAGCUGCCAGGUGUGUAUAAAAGUGUUUCUGAGAGGUGAGCUCCCAGCCUGCGGAUGUUGGAUUAUUCUCAACAUUUCUUCCUUCAGAAGAGCUGUACUGAAGACUGAGGAACUGAGACUUAUAUAAAGAGGAUCACACCCUUUUGGCUUCAGGUUAAUUAAUUCUUGGGCGUUGCUACCUUAUCAUUUCUAUAACACUUUCAGCUUGUGAAAUAUGUUUCUUUAAAUUCCAUGUUUCCUUUCGCAGUGGUGAGGUAGGGCGAUAAUACGCCCAGGUAUUUUACACAAAGGAAACUUGAGGCCAAGAGCGAAAGUCACUUUCUCAGUGCUGUACAGAGAAUUCACAGAAGAGGUGGGGUUUCAAACUCUCCAUUAGCUAUUUCAAGCUCCUGGCUUGGAAUUUAGAAGCACAAAUGUGGACUCAGAUCAUCACUGAUCGUGGUGAUAAUUGAAACAGCAGAGAGAAAAGAGCAGGCAACUUUGUGUGUGCCAGUUGCUAUGGAAGGAGAGCAGGAGCUCAAAAAUGGGACCAUUCAGCAAGAUGCUGCAGAGACCAUCGUGAUGAUCCCAGCAGACACCCAGGAGAAGGACAUGCCUGCCAAGCCCCCUUCUUUUCAUAAGCACAGACUGCGCAGUCUGGCCAUAUUUAGCAUCAUCUGUGGCUGCUCUUGCAUCGGAGUCCUAGCACUGAUCUAUGCAACCAAGGCUAGUGAGAAGCAAAAGGCUGGUUCCCAGGUAUCAGCGGCUGACUGGGCUUGGAGGUCCCGGAGAUUGUCUGUCCUAAGUAUCAGUGUCUGGGUGUCCCUCAUCAUUCUGGCGCCCGUGUCAGUGUACCUCAUUUCCUACCUCUUAACUCAAGCCGAAUGAUGACGACCCUGAAGAACAUGUGACUUGGGACUUCCAGGAUCAUCUUCUCCUCUGGUUCCCACAUACUUGCCCAGCUGGAUUUAGCAGAAAUGGGUAUUAUGUGGGUCUUUGUUAUGUGCACCCUGGUCUGGUGAACUAUUGUCAAAGCCUGCUUUGCGGAGGUCCUAGAAGAGAGGCUGUAGAAAUGGAACGGCUUCUGCUGCAGACGUCGGAUCUCCAUGGCCUGCUUCUAUGGACUCACUGGGAUAAAACAUAUAUCUGGUUGGCUACAGUGGAAUACAGGAUGCUGGACUAGAGGGCCCUUUGCUCUGAGCUGGGAGGCGCCUCUUCUUUAAGCUCUAGCGUAGCUGGGAUGUGCCUGAGUUCUUCUUGAGGCAAAGUAUGUGCUCUGUCCCUAUUCAGGUUUUACUCCUGCAUGUAGAUGCUAGGAUCCACUCCCUUGGGACCGAAGGAUUUUGGAAACACAGGAACAUCGUUUCUGCACUGUGCUGUGUUUCUUGCUUCAACCUUUUAUUUAUUUAAUUUAUUUUCAAUAAGCAUUUUUUAUUCUGCCCAUCAAUUAUAUACGCAAAAAUACAAAUAAACAGUUGCACUACAGCGAUUUCAUAGGGGUGGGUUGUU